AUGUUUCCUUCCAAAAAUUGUUCUCUUUCAUCAUCUUCGCCGUACGACAUUCUUCAAGUUCCCUCUCAUGCCUCUCUUCAUGAAAUUAAACAACAAUAUAAAAUUCUUGCAAAAUUAUAUCAUCCCGAUGCAGCUGUAAAUUUCAAUAAUCAUUCAUCCUCUACAAUUUCUACUGAAAUGAAUCAUCAUGAAAAAUUCAUUCAAUUACAACAAGCCUAUGAAUUAUUACGGGAUGCUAAAAAAAGAAGAAAUUAUGAUAAACAAUAUCAUUUGAAUAAGUAUAGUUUAGAAAAACAAUAUAUUGGUAAUAUUAGUGAUUUUGUAUUGUUAUCGGAAAUGAGAUUUAAUGAAGAGAUGGAUUGUUGUGAGAUGGAUUGUCGAUGUGGAGGAUUGUAUAUCAUUUCUAUGAAUGAAAUUUCAAGUAGUAAUGAAACAACACUUGGUUAUUUCAAGUCCUAUAAUAUUAAUUGUAAUAAUUGUUCAUUGAUUAUUCAGGUUGAAAAUGAUAUGAAUGAAGAGAGUGAUGAUAGUGAUACAUUGGAAAAUACUAAUGAUGAUCAUUAA